AUGGACCUUGGAUUUCGAAUCGGUCUCGAGAUAGAGAUCCUCUUGGAGCACCGCACAAAGAAAAAGCAGGAAUUUCGAGACCUUGAGCGUUUCGCCCAGUAUCUCGUGGCUCAUUUCCACGCUGCCCGCCUCCCUCGACCUCGCGUACACAAUGACGUUGACGGCAUGUACGAAGGUGCAGAUGAUUGCGAAGAGUGGUCUCUCACGGAUGACACCACUAUCAAACCGGACCACACUCUCGCCCCAAUUUUACACCAUCAAGACAGGAGCUAUUGGCGCGAUGACGUCCGGCAUAUGUUCAAAGCACUCAACCUGAUCUGCAAAGUGCAGACCAAUCAAUCUUGCGCCGUUCACGUACACAUAUCUCCUCCCCGUGGCAGUCCCUGGAAUAUUUGUACUCUGAAGAUGAUUUGCCGCUGCAUACUGUACUUCGAGGGUGCUAUCAACGCUAUCGUCCCACAUCAUAGACGAGGUAAUCCGUACGCCGCCAGCAAUACAUGUGAUAACUCCAACUUCAGAGGGAAGAAUGAGCGUGAACGUUUGCGCCUUGUGGAGCUGUGCAAGAAUCAUGUCGAAAUCGCGGACUUGAUGAAUGAUAACGGCAAACGGUACUUUGCGUGGAAUUUCACCAAUCUUUAUUACGGUGGCAAGUCCACGAUCGAAUUCCGCCAAGCACCAGGGGCAACAGAUGAGACGGCGUGCUUACCGUGGGUGGAGUUCAUCGCCUCAUUCAUCAAUUCUUGCAAGAUCGUCGCGUCUGAUCGGACCAUCGGUCCGUUUUCUCGAGAUGUUAAGGGGCUACGAAGAUUUCUGACAAAUUUCCAGUUAGCCGGCUUCAAUCGUGGGAUCCUGGAGUCACUUUUCUGGGGAAAGUCCGGAUAUAUCGCACCCAGCCCUAUGCGAGAAUUGACCAUGGCAGAGGAAGAGGAGCUCAGAUCAAAGGAGAGUAAAGAGGGAACAAAGAGUCAAGUAAUGAGGAAGCUUGACAGUAUGUAG